AUGGCUCUACCGACAGCGUUUCAUGAACCACAUGAAUACUUUGAAGAAUGUCUAAAAUUAUUCGAAGAAUAUCAACAUUUAUACAUUUUUCCUAACACGGAUUUAAUUGUUAAACAAGUCUUGGAAAAUAUUUCUGUGCAAGGGCUGGAACAUGUGGAUGUAUUUGAUGAAAGCUUUGACCUUUCGAAAAAUAUUUGCAACGAUUAUUUAAGAAACUUUUUCCUAAAAACAAGAAGACUGAAAAUAAGAUAUUCCGAGUUUCAAGAACAGAACUUGCAGUUUUUUAUAGACGCCCCUUUGAGCCUUAAGAAAAAACACGAAAUUACCUAUUUAUCUGAGGAAAUCGACGUUGUUUGUAAGAUGACAGGCUGUGAAACUGUAGUUGAUUUUGGAGCUGGUUUGGGAUAUCUAGACCAACAGAUUUUUAAAUCUAGUAAUUUUAAAGUAUUAGGAUUGGAAUGCAACGAAAAUAAUUACGUUAACGCAAAAAAGAGACAAAGAAAGUAUCAUUUUGAUUCUUUAGAAAACGUGAAAUAUAUUAAGCAUACAAUAACCGAACAUUCAAAUAAUGAAAUAUUGAAAUUUAUUAGAGAUAAGUUUCAUUCUGAGCAAUUUUGUAUUUGUGGCCUACACGCCUGUGCGGAUUUGACGGUGGACGCUAUCAAUUUGUUUUUAAAAAUGGAACAUGCACGCGCCAUUGUUAUAAUGCCUUGUUGCUAUCACAAAAUUUCACAAAAUGAUGAUGGGAUGUUUAAAAACUUUCCAUUGAGUAAUUGUUUGAAACGUACCUACAAAAGCUAUAUCGCAAACAUAAACAUACCUUUCUUAAGAUUGGCUGCUCAACCGCCAAAUAAAAGUGAUGUUAAAAUGGAAGAUUUAGUUUUUUCACUUCUGGCGCGAGCUACACUUCAAAAAUACGCGUAUGAACAUAAUAUAAUUUUAAGGCGCAAAAAACGAAAAGCUGUCCGGUUUAAAACGAAACAGAGGGACUUCAAUACCUACGUCAAAGAUGCGGUAGAAAGUGGAUUUUCUUUCAUUUUCAACGAAGAGAGUGAAAGGAACACCCCUGACUUAGACGAACUUUCAUUACUCUGGCAGCAGCACUCUUUAAUAACAUUUAAAAAGGCCGCCAUAUUUAUUGUAUUACAAAAUAAUUUGCAGCAAAUCUUUGAAAAUUUUAUUUUGUACGACAGACUAUUGUAUUUAAAAGAAAAUGGUAUAACAAAUUGUGAAUUCAAAAGAAUUGUAAAUGAAAAACUAUCACCAAGAUGUUUUGCCCUUAUUGCUAAGAAAUAA